AUGAGUGACAACGUCGAACGCAACGUUGUCGAUCUGAUCUUCGACGAAAACGUUGAUGACAAUAUCGAUGAGAACGACAAUAACGACAUCGGCAAUGUUCACCAGAGUUAUUUCGAUGACAUGUUUUUUUACGAAAGUGAAGCCUACGAACAUGAAGAGUUGGAUUUGGAUAAGGAAUUCGCUGAGCAAGAAAAAGAAAAAAUUGACGUCCAGGAAGUCGAGGACGGUCAUCAGCAAACCUCAUCCGAUCAAGAGCAAAUCGCGAAAAACGGGCAGCUCUCUUUGGACGGGGCUAAUGAUGUUGACUCGUCUGUGAACGAUGCCUCGGACAACAACACUGAUACCCAGAGCGACGCUGCGGCCUCGGGUGCAUAUGGGAAUCAGUAUCAGCAAACUACAUACCUGGUUGGACCGAACGGCGGCGGCUACUAUGCUCCCCCUGGAACUUUUUCGACUGCCGCUGAGGAAGAGGCCUUCAUCCAGAGCGGAAGCCUGGCUAGAGCCGAUGCCUCUGGUGCCCCGAUGAAUGCGUUCUUGGCUUCUAACUUUGAUUUUGUAAAGCACAACCCUGGUGUGCAGUACCGUCAGGGUCAGGUUGGAAUCUUCCCUAACGAAGCUCAACCUAAUCAGUCAAACACCCCUUCCGUCGUUGGAACAGCCAUCCAGCCCGAUAUCCCACUCCCACGCGACAACUCCAAUGUUGAAAUCGCAAAUCAGAUGCUGGACUUCCUUCAAACUGGUGGUUCUGUGAAUGAUGCCAAUCUCAAUGACGCUGGCUCGAACAUCAAUUCUGCGACUGAUCCUCAGUCAGGCGUGGCCAAUUCCUCUGCAACUGAUCCUCAGUCAAGCGCGGUGAAUCACCAGUCAAGCAUGGCUAAUCCUCAGUCGGACAUUGCCAAUUCCUCUGCGACCGAUCCCCAGUCGAGCAUGGCUAUUCCUCAGUCUGGCAUUGCCAAUUACCAGUCGAGUGCAGUCAAUCCUCGGUCGAGCGUGGCGAAUCAGCCAAAUGUACCUGUUUCUGAGAGUGCGGGUAAUGAACACGCGGACGGAAAAGUUUCAGACGAAGUGCAUGAAAAUGAACAAGAGGAAGAGGAACGGGAUGAUGAAAAUGAUUAUGAAUUGGGAGGAGAAUGGACACAGACCGCGCCAGAGCCUGAGUCAGACUCAGAGCCUGAGCCUGAACCUGAACCUAGGCAACUGGUUGAGCACAUCAUGGACCCUGUUACGCAUGGAGCGGACAUGAAUACCCGCUUCUCUUCUCUCCAGGAAGCCCGUGCGUGGCGCCGGUACACCUUCAGAAAGCCGGAGGACGAUCCGACCAUUCCCACCACUGAGGAGCAGAUGAGGGCCAUCGUGGUGGAGUUGUCGAAUGCUAUGAAGGCUAUAGGACAUUCAACUGACAAUAAGCCCUUUCGAAAACGGUAUAAGAAUCGUCUCAUUGCCGAGAAGGUUGAGGUCGCGGCUUGGGAAACCCUCGACCUACUCAUUCGACGCUGCAGAGACGGCCCCCUUGCCCAAUCGCAAGAAAAUGCGAAUUUCGAGAAAAAGCGCCCCCCCCAGCUCCCGUUUCAAGAAAGGCUGCAACAGGUGCUUGAUGCCCUUUACGUACUGAAAGUUCGAACAGAAGCGCAAGACCAUAUGCAAACGUCUUAUGGAUUUUCCCACCAGUCACAACUUGGUCGAUCAUCCCAUACGCGAGAUGAACCGUUCGGAAGCCAACCAAAAACUCAAUGUCAGGAAGGCAGACAUGGUCCAGGCUGGAAAGGAGGUGCUCAAGGCCCAAGAAGCCCAAAAAACGAAACCCAGGCCAACAACGCCGAGGGCGGCGAUGCCAUCCCAGCUCCUUCGAACAAGGCCCGCAGAGGCAGAGGCAAAGGCCAAGGCAAUGUCCGCGCAGCUCCGGUAAAGAACGCCGCCAGAGGCAGAGGCAAUAAUGCCCGCGCGGCUCCGAUGAACAACGCCGUCCGAGGCCGUGGCAACGACCAGCCAGCGCCGACGAACGCUCACAACGCUCCCAACGUUCACGGUCUUGCUCUUCCAGCUCCCCUUAACACAACCCUCGGCGGCCAUGCC